CUUUCUUUCAGAAACCGCUCUCCUCUCCUGCCCCUGCGUCGUCGCUCUCCUCUCUCAGUCAGUCAGCCAUCUCCUCUCUUUAUGGUUAAAAUUUUGCCCAGGCUCACUGAAGAUCCUGGCUCCGUUCAAUCUCGAAGAACCAUCACCAUGAACAUGAGCCAGUUCGACGGUAACGCAACAUUCACCGGCGGCGGAUUCAUGCCUUCUCAGACCACUCAGGGUGCCAACUCUCCCUUCACUCCCUCCAAGGGUUUAAAUAGAUCAUAUUUAUCUAAAUAUUUGAUCGCAUUGCUGAGUUAUGGAGGAGUUCCAAAUGAAUUCUUCACGGAUGUACUUAAAAGAAAUUUAGAAGAUGUUGACCAUAUCUAUACCAAAAAGUGUACUGCCCUCAGAGGUCGGAAUCCACCGUAACAGUGGUUUUCAAUUGUUGAUGCACUUGCAGCUUCUGUCAACCAUGGUGAGAUGGAUGGAUUCAAUGCAGCAGCAAUGAUUUUAUGUGGGAUCCCUCUUGAUGAACCAUUUCUACGGUAUCACUUGACUAAACUUGUAAAAGUGGAAAAGAAAAAGCUUAGUCAAGGGAAACUAUACUUGGAAGAUUGUUUCUACAUCUCUCUCUUCCCCCCAUUUACAAAACCACAACCGUACUCUCUCUUCUUCCUCUCUUCUUCCCCACGCUUCUCACUCGUCAUUAUUUGACUAUUUCCUUCCCUUGUUUCAAACCUUUUAUUCUUCAGAAACUGUUUGAAUUCAACUCUCUCUCUCUCUCUCUCGGUUCUCACUCACUCUAUGGUAAGCCAAUUCAUUCCCCAAUUUCUCAUUCCUUCUAUGUUUUAAUUGUUAAUUGGAAAUUAUUGUAUAAGAAAAUAGGGACAUGAAUUUGAUUCCGUUAGAGUAGUUAGGGAAAACAACUAGUUAUGUUAGGAAAGUUAACUAAAUUUGAUUCCGUUAAAAUAGUUAGAAGCAGACUGUUAUGGGAUUUGGGAAGUUAGGAAUCGGUUGGUUUGUUUUGGUGGGUGACAGUUAGUUAAAAAAAUUAUGGGAAGGUUUGUUAUUAUUGAGGACUGUUACGAAUUAGUUAGAGGUUUAGAAGCUUGUAGGAAUUUUGUUACAAUUAGGGUUUAGGUUAGUUUGAUAGGAUUUGUUAGAACAGGGUCUGUUAAGGGUAGUUAGUCUGAAAAUUAGUUCUGGUUUUAUUUUUGAAUGUUUAUGGAAUGACUUAAAAAUGUGCUACUACUAUCCUCUGUUGUCAAAAGCGGCUGCGCCAGCCGCUAUAGCGGAACCAGACCGCGUCGGCACAUGUCAGAAGUGGAAAGCGGCCAAAGCGGACCUAUAAAUAGUAUAACAAUAACUUGUACUAGUUGUAUAUAAUUGGUAUUAGCCAUUUUCGAUUUUGCUAUCCUUUUUAUUUCAUAUUAUGAAUACAUCAUGAAAUUUUGAGUAA